UUGUUUGGUUUCAAUAAACAAGUGUGCCCACAGGAUGGCGGAGAAUGCAGAGAUUCUGGAGUUGCCCACGAAGGAGAAUGUGGCGCUACUGGAGAGUUCCAAUAGGAAAUCAGCCGGGAAGAGUUUCCUGGAAGGCGUGAAGCACAAUUCUUCGAUAGUCAAUCAAUAUUCCAUCACAAGAUACACGCCCAAUGAGUGGCACAGGAGGAAUGAUGAGCUCUUCGCCCUGAGCCACAAAGUCAGCCAAUUGAGUCUGAAGAAUGACAAUGAGGCGAAGAAUUGCAUGGCGUCAAACUUCUCCAGGACCAACAGAACGCAGCAGGACAACACUGAGCGACUGGGAAAUCGAUGCCAUGAGAUUUUCACAUGGCAAACAAAUCUGGAGCACGCGAUACAAGCUCAAGUGGACGAGAUUGCCAUCCUGGAGGAAGAGAGACAUCGUCUGAAGAAGUCCAUGGCGAUCCUGAAGAUUCCUGAGUCCAUCAAUUCUGAGUGUCUGAGUCGAAGAUGCGCUCGGCCGGACAGUGAAUUGAUCCGCGACGGACCGGAGGAAGAGCUUCUGAAGGAGACUAUCCUAAUAAAUGAUAUCAGGAGAGUACUGGAGAAGACUCUGGCGAGCAUUGAGCAGCAGCAGAGCGCAAAUAGAGCUGUUAAGCACAAGCUUGAGUAUCACUGGAGUUGCAAGAAGGAAGCCUACGCCAUAGAUUCGGUUAAUAGAAACCUGGAGAACGCCUCUGGAUCUACUCAAUUCAAGCCAGGAGCUACUCAAUCAGUAGCAGACCAAUCGACUGAGGAGUUUUGGAAUCACUUCACGCAGGAUGUUCUGGACGAAAGCGAAGCCACAAGGCAGAAAUCUAUUCACUUGCGAGGAACUCUACAGGAAAUCCUUGUGAAGGCAACAAGAGAUCUGAGGAAUCAGGCAGACACUGUUGAACAGAUGUUUCAAUCCCGAAUUUCCUGCAUGGAUGAAGUGAGAACAAUGCUGGAGAAUAAUCUGCGUAACAUCCUGCAGAAGCUGGCAGACACAGAAACACUCAUCUCGAAUCUCAAGGAUGCCAUCAGGAAUAUGGAUUUCCCUAUGAAAGUUUCCCAAACACGUCUGCAGAACAGGAAUCUCUAUCGGCCACAAGUGGAGAAUUGCUAUGAUCGCUCCCAAGUGGGGCUUAUCAAUGAGGUGGGGAGUCUGCAGAAGAGUGUGUCGGACCUCAAGGAGUCUCUCAGGCAAGCUGAGGACACACAGAAGCAGCUAAUUGACACGAGGACAGACCUUGAGGCGGAGAUUAUGCUCAAGAGGCGCACGAUUAACAUUGACAAGGAUCGAUGUCAACACAUAAGAUCCUAUUUCCCAUCAGCCACUGCCCUCAGUGGGUAUAUUUGA